AUGUUCUCGAACGAAUUACUACGAUCCAUGUUCUCCGCAGGUGGUGACCGACCUCUACAGCGCGACGGCGAAAGCCCUUCGAUAACUGCCGUGUCGCGUCCGGAUAUUUCGCAAAGUACUACCGUGUCUCCUUGCCACUUUACGAAUCUCUUCGGCAGGGUACCAGGAUUCGACUGGCCGGGACAGAAGCCGGUCAAUUACGAAGCUCUCUCCUAUGUAUGGGCUUCGGCGGAUGAGUACGAUGCCGAAGAGAAGGAGGAGUUUGCAGCAGUGUGCGAUGUCGUCAACCACUGGUUAGGCAACGUGCCGACCUGCCAGCGAGCCAGCUUCAGUGUUGUGUCAGAUACAGGCAAGUCGCAAAUAUUCAAAGCCAGUGGAACGGAGUAUGAGGCCUGGAGUGUUGAAGCAUCAGAGCAAACAUGGAUGAAACGAGAGUCUACCGUCCCUGGAAUUCAGGACUCGGUUAGACGAGCGAUAGACACCGAGCUAGACCCAAUCGCUCACCCGGGUCAGCAAACAAAGGCAUUCUGGAAGGUGAUCUCGAGAUUCUUCAAUAGAGAGUGGUUUUGGCGGCUCUGGGCUUUCCAGGAGAUCGUUCUCCCGAAGACUGCGGUGGCAAAGUUGGGCUCUGUGGAGAUGUCAAGCCUCAGAAUUGGCGGGAUACAUAACGCUUGCUUGAUGUUCCGCUUGUCACGUCAGAGUGAUCUCCCACCCAUCAAACUGGACUUCUUGCGACUACUACGACUUACACGACAGUUUAAAGUUACCGACGUACGUGACAGGGUCUAUGGACUCGUGGGUAUCGGUACCCUCGAUAAUGACCCCGAAAAGGGCAAGCUCUUCAUGAAGCCCGAUUAUCAAGUCACCACACCUGAAUUAUGGAGAAAAGUGGCGGUCAACAUUUUGGCAGCUACCAACAACUUGACACUGCUUUCCUGUGUCCAGUCUCGCACUGAACUACAAUCUCCGCAUGGGCCCAUGAUGAGUCCUUUGAACGCCGCGAACGGCUUCCCUCGACACCAUGGCGCUUCGCCGACAGCUGGCAGCUUACUAGUACAAGGCACCAAAGCUGGAGUAAUCGGCUACGGCUCGGAACUAAUGUUGGACAGCCCUGAUUUGAGCCUGCUCACCUCCGCUGGUCUGCAUCAGGUUUUCGAAACCGAUAGUGGUCAUUGCCUAUUCGCUUCGACAUUGACAGCGGGCAUGAAUCUCUAUGGGUCCCAGGCACAUAGCAACCGCAGUUGCGGCGCCGACUUCACCGCCUAUCUCCAUCGCCUGGAUCGCUUCAAGGACUGGAAUCCCAUGAAUCUCAGUGAUACGGGCGUUACGAGAGAAGCACCGGGAUUCGCCGAGAUGGCACUGCGAGUGCCCCGGGACAGGAGAUUGUUUUUACCACUGAACGGCUACAUGGGUCUCGGCCCCGAAAAUGUGUGUGAAGGUGAUGUCGUAUGCAUUCUUGGAGGGGACAUGCCUUUUCUUCUCCGACCAGUUAAGGCAGUCGAAUGUGCCGACUCUCCAAAGAGGACCUCCGAUCGGUUUAUCAUCGAACCAGACUCAGACUCGAGCUGCGAAGACCAGGAAACCACCACGGCAACCUACCGCUUGGUUGGCGAAUGCUACGUGGAAAGACUGAUGAAAGGCGAAGUCAUUAAGUCCCUUAGCCACAGGAGAGAGUCUGCAAGGGCCGCUCCCGCCGGAUCUCAUCUUGGAGACGAUUCUCGGACAAUGGCGCUUUGCAAAGGAGCGCGUGGAGGAGGCACAAAGGGAACUGAGAAGCGUUGGGACUCAGCAGCCGGAGAAGACGUGGUUCGAUAUAAGAUGAAAGCUUUCCGGUCAUGGAUGCGCAGAAGUGCAGACGGAAGACGUUCAAAAGGAAACUGGAUUGUUCACAUUUGCCACCGCGCCUCGGUGGACCAGCCCCGGUCGCCUGGACCAACUACCGCCGGCACAGAGCGGGAGAAGCCGCUAUCAACAUCCAAGAAUACGAGUACAACAAGCAAUAUGGCGGAGGUGUGGGGGAGGUUCGAAUGUGGGAGGUAA